AGUAUUUCCUUUUUGCUUGGAUGAAAAUUCCCGGUGAAGAAAAAAUAGCAAACUUCCAUUCAGUUUUGCAGAAAAUCCCGUCGCGUUUGGUCUUGUAGGUUGAAGAAAUUAAAUUAAAGCUGGCAAAGAUGGUGAUGAAAACAAAAAAGUCGGUAAAAUAAAGUGGAAAUAAUCGAAAAAAAAACAAUUGUUAAAAGUGAAAACAAGUGAAAAAACGGAUAAAAUUAAAACAGAAAGUGAACUGCAAAUUUAUAAGUUUGAAGUAUCAAAAUCCGCACCUAUUGAAAACUGCCCCGCUGCCUAUAGGUACUUAGCUGCUCAGUGGUAGAGGUGUGCUGCAGUGAGGAAUUUCUGGGACGGAAGAGCGGCGUCAUAUCUGACGGAGUCGUAACAAAAUGUCGGACGGCAGCCCAGUGCGUGCGCGACAAAAUUGCUGUCGCCUCUGCUUGGCUCCCGGCAGUGAGUGCAUAUCCAUAUUGAAUAGCUAUGCGGCUGACAAGGAACCGUUGGCUACUAAGAUACAGAACUGCGUCAGCAUCACGAUACAUCCCGAUGAUCAUCUAUCACUGCGCAUCUGUCAUGCAUGCAUCAGUUACCUGAAUUCCUGGCAAAGCUUCAAAAAUCGCUGCAUCGCGUCGCAAAGCAAACAACGCAGUUGGUUGGAUUCUAAUAAACGACAACGGCUGCUUGAUAACAAUGUCAGUAUAUCAACGAUUAGUGCAGAUGGCACUACCCAACAGCAACAGCAAUCGGAGGAUAGCGAACACCAAACACCAAGCUUGGCUACAUCGAUUUUGGAUGGCAUUUCGUCGUUGAAGAAACGCAAAUCUUUAACUGUUUAUCCAUUACCAGCUGUGGAAAUCAAAGAUGAACCAAUGGAUCCCGAUGAUGACUACAGUGCGAAACAGCACGAUGAGUCGGACGAUAUGGUUGAUCCCACACUCUUUUUAGAGCGCACCGAAGAAGAGGGCGACGAGGCGUUGAUGGAGCAUAUGUCCUAUCAAUAUGAACCACCGCCGCCGCGUCCAGCUAUUGAACUUUCGGUACUUGCAGACACCAAAGAAGCAUCUUGUCGCGCCUGCAAUCUAAAGUUCUCUACACGCGCCAACGCCCGCCGUCACGAGCGAAACCUGCAUCCUAAUCUCUUCGAACUGUCCACAUCAACGCCAAAUAACAUGCCUGUGACCAAACCGACGCCUGCACUGGCUGCUGCUCUGGAGCUACAACGAGCCUCAGCAGCGGCUGUAGCUGCGGCCGAGGCUUCGAAAGCCGCUUCUGGCAUGAUUACGCCGCUCAAGUAUCGACAGGAAAUAGUGAAUGCAUUCAACAAAUGCGAAAUCGGUGGUUUCGACUAUGAGCACCCAGAGAAGUACCAACAUCAUUUGACUGAUGAGAAAAUCGUGUUCCUACAGCAGAACGACGAAUUUUUGCGCCAGUAUCAGAAUAUGACUUGCCGUUGCUGCAAUAAAACAUAUUCGACCUACAAGAAUUUCAUGGCGCACAUGCGCAAGAAAUACUUAACAUUGCCGCGCAACCUAUGCUUCAACUGCCUCAAACUGAAUGACUCGAAAGCGCUGUUCAUAUCGCAUUUGAAACGACGCAAUUGCAUCAAUUUGUAUAAAGUGUUGCAUGCGCUGAUGGCGAAGGACUCCAGCUUUGCUGCUGCAGUGACUGCAACAGCGGCGGCAGUGCCCGAUAAAUUGCGUGCCAAGGAGUUGCUCGUCAAUAAAAUGUACGAAUGCAAAUUAUGUCCGAAACGGUAUCGGCUGAAGUUGGAAUUCCGUUCGCAUGUUUACGAUCAGCACGCCGACAUGCAACGCAAAGAUACCAUGCAAAAACAAUGUUGUUAUUGUGGUUUGGAGCUGGAGGACCCCGCUGAGCGCAAACGCCAUUACAAUAAUAUGGAUUGCAUUGUCUCAUUACGUUGUGUGACAUGCGAUGCGAAAUUCGAUAAUCAUCAGAAAUUUUUGGACCAUGUAUAUGAAAAGCAUUUGGCCGCCUUUGGCGAACAGACGUCGACAUCCGGGCUAAAUGUCAGUGUGACCUCGGAGAAUUCACCGGGUAAAAAGUCAACGCCUGGUUUGGGUGGUGCUUCCUCCACCGACGAGUCCCGCAGCAGUCAUCACGCCAACUCUUUAACACAGCCAAAAUCGCAAUAUUUCUCGCGCAUGCCACAAGCUUGUCCGAUAUGUGACCAGCAAUAUAACAACUACAACAAUGUGCUGCGCCACAUGGAAUCCAAGCAUCCAGAUCAAUUGCCGCAGACCUACAAGUGUGUAAAGUGUGGUAUUGGUUAUCCACGUUUGUCCAACUUACGUGAACACAUGGUCAGUGCUCAUGCAGCGGAUAAGGCAAGACAUACUGGUUUUGAGUAUAUUGUGAAUGCGGAUGCGGUUAAAAUUGCCUAUGGUACUACACAGAAUGUCUAUACAGGACGGUAUGAUUAUGUGAUGAAAGAUUUAAUGUCGAUAACGAAUGGCGGAUCAAUCGCUGACGACGAUGAAAAUUCUAGUGAGAAUGCGGCCAAGAAAAUGCGAACAGAUAGUGGCGCCGCUGUGACCACCAGCACUGGCUCCGGCAAUGCCAGUGGGAGUGGUAACAUGUAUAGCAGCCUGAAAGAGUGUCCUAUUUGCAAUGCAGUAUUCAGCAAUAAUAUAGGUCUUUCUAAUCAUAUGCGCUCACACAGUGCAGCGAACCAGAACAGUGGCCAGUCCCCAGCAGGGGUAAGCGCCAGCAAAUCGACACCAAGCGGGCUCACUAUAACACCGGCACCACCCUCAAAGCCAUCGACGCCUCCAGCUAUGCAGCAUCAGACAGCAGUACAAAAGGCAAUCUUUAAGCGUAGUUUGGAACAGGCCGCCGACCGCCGUUUCCGACGCAUGCGUUGCCGUCUCUGUCAGCGUCGAUUCUCAUCGAAGAAAUCCUACCGUUUCCACAUGCUCAACGACCAUCAAAUACGCAAUGUACAAUUUAUUAAAUGCAAAUUGUGCGAUGCAGAGUUCGCUUACGAGAAGGGCUUGAAGGUGCACAUGUUCAAAAUACAUAAUACGCUGCUCAAAGACGAGAUGAUUGUCAAGCAAUUUGAAUGUGAUAUUUGUUCGAUUGUGUAUCGCAGUGAAGAUCAGCUUCAACAGCAUAAGAAGACUGUUCAUGGUGGUACAGACCAGCAGGGUGGUGAUGAAGCAUUUGACGAUAAAAUCGCAGCCGCGAAUCCCGCUGAUCGUUCGGGCAUCUCGACGCCGGUUAGUAGUGUGGGAGCCGGCGGCGAACGUAGCACGGUUGAUACUUCAGCUACUGGACCACUAUACUGGUACCAAUGCAAGUAUUGCCCAUCGAACUUUAAUACCAACAAAAAGUUAGCAAUCCACAUUAACUCACACGACGAGUUUGAUUCAAAUGAUUAUUCGUGCAAGGAUUGUGGAAAUGUUUACAGCGGACGAAAGAGCUUAUGGGUGCAUCGCUACAAAAAGCAUCCACAAUUCCCAGAACCCUCUGAAUGUGUGCUCUGCAAAAAGGUUUUCUUUGAUAGCCAAAUGUUAGAGAACCACAUACCAACUUGCAAUCGCAAGCCAAUUACAGCCACUGGCGCUGUGGCUGAAAGCGCGGGCCCGCCACCAAUCUAUAAACACAAGACCGGUGAUGACGAUGACGAUGAUGCAUCACACGAAGCCAGCGGUGUUAUAACGACUAGCGCAUUGGGUGGCGGUGAGCUGGAGAUAACUCCGAUACCGGCGAGCGGUCUGAAGAUUAAACUACCUGAAGUAGCUUGCACAAUAUGUGGACAACGUUUCACUGAUCAGGAAUUGUUCUCCAAGCACAUACAAAUGCAUGAAAUGGAAUUAUAUACGGAUAAUCCGUUAGCGGCCAUGUUUGAUACGGGUCCAGCGGAUCCGAAUCAAUUCUACUUGGAUCGGGUGAAUGACAAUGGCGAAUACGCCUGCGAUCUGUGUAAUAAAACGUUUACACAAAUGACUGCACUUAAAGUGCAUCGUAAAUGGCAUUUCAGAGGUGAUAGCAAACAGAACCAAGUCGACGCGGAUCAUUCAGCCAAUGCAGCGAACCCAUCAUCCCAGAUCCUGACCAACCAUCAACAUCCACUGGGAUUACAAGCAGUGGGGCUUAUUCCCAAUCCCCAUCAUCACUCUUCAAGGUCCCAGAAACGCAAACGCGAACUUAAAUGUGAGUACUGUCCCUCCACAUUCAUUAGCAACAACAACCUGCGUCGCCACAUCUACGAGCUGCAUAAAGAUGAAAUCGGUAACUUGCCUGUGCCACCGAAAAUUGAAACAGAUCCAUAUCUGCAGUGCUGUCGUUGUCAGCAAAAGUUCGAAACGAAAACUGAUUGGAUUGAACACAAAGUUGCAGAUGCGCGUGUAACCAAACCGUUCGGUCCAUUCCAGUGGGGCUGUGAUUUAUGUGGGGCCUAUGUUUCGCGUAAAGAGAAGUUAAUAAAUCACAUACACAAUCACUUGAAAGAAAAGGAGAUAGUGCCUGUGGAAGAUCAACAACAGACUCAUGACCAGAAUCAGCAUCGAUCCGCUACGAAAUCGACAGCGGCACCAGCAGCAGAAAAAGUUGUUGUUGAUGGAGAAGUGGUGGUGAAGAGCGAAAUUGAUGAUGAAAAAGAACAGUCAAACAAAGGUAUUAAAGAGAGGCAGGAAUCCGAAGAUGAGGAUGGUGAGGUGGAUGGCGAAGUAGAGGAGUAUGAAGGGGAACGAAAAGAAAUAGGUGAGGGCCGAAGGCGCGACGCUCAAUUUGAAGAAAACGCCGAAGAGGAUGGUUCAGAGAAAGAAGAGGAAGAUGAGGACUAUGAAAAUAUGGGUGAAAUUAUGAAAGUCGCAAUGACUGACACGCAUGCCAAUGAUGAAACAGAACACGAUGAAGAUGAUGAGAGCGAAGCCGAUGAUGGCGAGGAAGAUGCCGACGCAGACGAUGUCGAUGAUGUUGAUGUAGAUAAUGCGGAUUCAAACGACAAUGUUGCCGCGUCGAAUGGUCGGGCUUAUGGGCGCGGUCCUCCAGUUGCGUCACAAGUCACCAUUGAACCAAUUCGUAAUUCGACGGAUACGACCGGAGACUCUUCGGCGUCGUACGACGAAGACGACGACGAUGACAAUGACAACGACUCGGAUGCGGAUAGUGAUGCGGACAGCGGCGAUAGUUCUUCGCAGGAUUCGAAGACGCCAGCAUCAGCGCCCAAAGCACGUUUCUCUUGCGAUCUCUGUCGAUUGUUCUUCGACUCGCAACAGGAGCUGCAAAAGCAUGUGAAAAUGCAUUUCCUCAACGGACCUGGCUCGGUGUCGUUAACCGAGAUCAAGUCAAAGACAGGCAACAAGUCGAGUCGCAGUAGUAGCAGUGAUGUAGUGGCGGUGUAGUCAUAGCGAACAGCAGCUGCUGCUACACUUGCUACCUGCCAUUGCUAAACGUUUCUAUUUACUUUGAAAUAUUGCAUAAGCCGUUAAUUUUUGCUAGAUUAGUUUUUACUCUGAAUCAUAUACAUAUAAUGAAUGUUUGUAUACUACUUAAGUUACUGCCUAAUUUAUUAACUUUUUCAAGUUUGCUAAAAGAAAGCAAGAUUUAUGUUAUUUGUGCAUUACCGAGCAAAUAACAUAAAAAAUAAACGCAAACUUUAUAUAUAAACUGUAAUCAUUACAUACCUACAAUAAAAUAAUGCAAAUGUAUGUAGUAAACUUUACUAAAUAUAAAUAAAUAACUUUU